CCCCAAACCCUUCGCACUGCGCAGCGCCCACCCGACCAGGGUGACGUAAUCUCCGCCCACGUCGCCCCGCCUUCGCCACCUCCGCGAACCGGGAGAGAGAAGCGCUGGCGGCCCACGGUGGCCGCAGCUCGGGGGCGGUGCCUGCUUCGCCGCCGCCUUGUCUCGGCGCUCGCGCAGGGCUGUCUUUGUCCGCCCGCGCCCCGGCCACCGCGCUUUGUUCCCGGCGUCCGUGUCUCGGUUUGCCGUGUGCGCAUUCGAGCAGUUGCGCCGCGCUGGCGUCGUCCUCACCCCCUUCGCCGCCAGCCCCCGCGCGCGGCCGGGCCUUUCCCCCCAUGGUUUCCCGGCCGGAGUCGGAGGGCGAGGCCAUGGACGCCGAGCUGGCGGUGGCGCCGCCGGGCUGCUCACACCUGGGCAGCUUCAAGGUGGACAACUGGAAACAGAACCUGCGGGCCAUCUACCAGUGCUUCGUGUGGAGCGGCACCACGGAGGCCCGCAAGCGUAAGGCCAAGUCCUGCGUCUGCCACGUGUGUGGUGUGCACCUGAACCGGCUGCACUCCUGCCUCUACUGCGUCUUCUUCGGCUGUUUCACAAAGAAGCACAUCCAUGAACAUGCCAAGGCAAAGCGGCACAACCUGGCCAUUGACCUUACGUAUGGAGGCAUAUAUUGCUUUUUGUGCCAGGACUACAUCUAUGACAAAGACAUGGAAAUAAUUGCCAAAGAGGAGCAGCAGAAGGCUUCUAAAAUGCAAGGUAUUGGAGAGAAAUUUUCAACUUGGGAACCAACCAAACGGGAGCUAGAACUGCUCAAACACAACCCAAAAAGGAGGAAGAUCACUUCCAAUUGUACCAUAGGUCUGCGAGGGCUGAUCAACCUUGGAAACACGUGCUUCAUGAAUUGCAUUGUCCAGGCUCUGACCCACACACCGCUCCUUCGGGACUUCUUCCUGUCUGACCGGCACCACUGCGAGAUGCAGAGCCCUAGCUCCUGCCUGGUUUGCGAGAUGUCCUCGCUCUUUCAGGAGUUUUACUCCGGGCACAGGUCUCCUCACAUCCCAUACAAGCUGCUGCACUUGGUGUGGACCCACGCGCGCCACCUGGCAGGCUAUGAACAGCAGGACGCACAUGAGUUUCUUAUCGCAGCACUGGACGUCCUGCACCGGCAUUGCAAAGGUGAUGACAAUGGGAAGAAGGCCAAUAACCCUAAUCACUGCAACUGCAUCAUCGACCAGAUCUUCACAGGUGGGCUGCAGUCCGAUGUCACCUGCCAAGUCUGCCAUGGCGUCUCCACCACCAUAGACCCCUUCUGGGACAUCAGUUUAGACCUGCCUGGCUCCUCCACCCCGUUCUGGCCCUUAAGCCCAGGGAGCGAGGGUAGCGUGGUCAACGGGGAAAGCCACGCAUCGGGCACCACAACACUGACGGACUGCCUGCGGAGAUUUACCAGACCAGAGCACUUAGGGAGCAGUGCCAAGAUCAAGUGCAGUGGUUGCCAUAGCUACCAGGAGUCCACCAAGCAGCUCACCAUGAAGAAGCUGCCCAUCGUGGCCUGCUUUCACCUCAAACGGUUUGAGCACUCAGCCAAACUGAGGCGGAAGAUCACCACAUACGUAUCUUUUCCCCUGGAACUGGACAUGACACCCUUCAUGGCCUCCAGCAAAGAAAGCAGGAUGAAUGGGCAGUACCAGCAGCCCACAGACAGUCUCAAUAAUGACAACAAAUACUCUCUGUUUGCUGUUGUUAACCAUCAAGGGACCUUGGAGAGUGGUCACUACACCAGUUUCAUCCGGCAGCACAAAGACCAGUGGUUCAAAUGCGAUGAUGCCAUCAUCACCAAGGCCAGCAUCAAGGACGUGCUGGAUAGCGAAGGGUAUCUGCUGUUCUACCACAAACAGUUCCUGGAAUAUGAGUAGCCUUACCCGUAGCUGGUCAGAGAAAAGGAGGGCAACGAGUUGGCAAGCUUCGCAAGAUGACCCCCUGCCUUCCUGACUCCGUGACACCGUGACGCCGCCUCCCGUGCCAGUGUUCACCCGGAUGGCCCCUCUGCCUGGGGAGCCGGUGCCAAGUGGCUACACGCUGCACAGCCUUGGAGGAGAUAGCUGAGUGAGGCGCAUACCCUAGUGGGAAAAGACGCCCUCACUCACAGCUGUCCGUGUUCCUCAAAACUGUGGGGUCCAGGGUCCUCACAGCAAGGGCAGCCUCUGCCUGGUUCUUCCUUUGUACAUGAGGAGUGAAAAGGUGCUCGCCUGCUCCAUACAUGUGGUCCAUUGACACUGUAGAGACAGAGUUCAAGGACGGAGAACAUGUGAGCACCUUUCUCUUGGGGGGAUGGUAGUGUGUAGUGUGAGGUCCUCGCCCCAUGUCCUGCAGCUGUCCAGCAGCUCCAGAGCAGCCUCACAAGGCUGCAGGUGCUGCUUCACAGGCAGCUCUGCCCCUGCAUGUGGAAGCAUCAGCCCAGGGAUCUCCUGCUGGUGUCCUAGGAUAGCCCUUUUCUUACUCCUCCCUUUCUCUUUCCACAGUAGUGAAUUUCCUAAAUGUAAUAAUAGGGAAGUGAAUGAUUAUCAAGUUUAUACUGAAAUCUAGAUGGUUCCUUCUUUAUUCUCGAGAGUGAGUCUUCUCUUUUAACUGGUGCUGUUUCUGUUGUUCUUCCCCUGCCUUCCCCUGUACAUACCUUUUGCUUCCCUUGGAACAGUGUCAAAGGCUGUGAAGGACUGACUGCCUCAGAAAGGUCAUUGGAUGUCUUAGUCCUAGCAUUAAUGGGGUUUCUUGGUAAUUCCAUUGACCCCCCCCCCCCCUUUCUCCUCUUUUCUCUUUUUUCCUCUCUGGUCGUCCCAUUGCCUGUCCAGGGCUAGGUGUGGCUGUGCACUGGAUUUGAAGCUGAGAGGCCCCUGCUGUGCGCCCCUGCUCUGCAUCUGCAGUGGUUUCAGUUUUAGUGGGAAUAAAAUGACUUUGUGAUUGAGCUUAGCAGCAGACCUAGUCGCCGAUAUUCCUUGUUAGGUAUCUUUGCAUGAAUCUUUUGAUUCAAACCCAAACUUAGAUUGUCCAUUUCUGAGGAAUGACAACUUGGGGGCAGGAAUGCAGUUCUAACCUGGCUUGUGUCUCUGUGCCUGCUUGUGAGAGAUGUCUGUAUGGGUUGUGGGGUGUUCAUCCUGGGGGAGCAGGGCAAGCUGCAGCCCAGUCUGCAGUGCAGCUCUUAGAGGCAGGAUGCAAGCCAUACAGGCUUUGUGGGCUGCACCUUCUCUGCCGCAGGUACUGCUCAACAGUGAGCAUGCCUGUGUUCCAGUAGUCCUUCACUCACGGACCAUGAAGUGUGACUUGUACACAAUUUCCAUGCAUUAGGAAACUUGACUUUUUGAAAAACUAUAUGAAAAUGAGAAGACUCCUUCACUGACCUGCCACACAAAGAGGCAGGCAGGGCACCAGUCUAACUCAGAGCUAGGUAACUUGGGGUGUGGGCAGUGAACACAGAAAGCACCAGUCAGAGCUGGCAGGUUGCAGAGGAGCCACACAGGCGCAGUGUGUAAGCUCUUGCCCAGUUCAUUUCUUUUAUUUUUAUUUUUGCAUUUAAAGAAUGCACAGUGAAGUGUGGUUUAAAAUAAGUGUCUUCAAAGGAAUGUGAAUGGGCCCAGAUUUUCAGGCCUGGCCCUAUGCCGCCAUGUUGUGGGUGUGUGUGUGACUGCUGAGAAGCUCUGUCUUGGGAAGAGAUGCCAGGGACAAAUCUAUUGGACAAGAGACAUAAUUAAAGUUGUCCUGUAAGAAUCGGAGCCGGAGCCGGGAACCCCUUGUAGUAUGUUGAUGCCCGGCCUUCCUGCUGUCUGGGGACAGACGUGAAACAAGAAGUACGCCGGCCAGGCCGCGUCCCGUCCCUACCCACCCCUCGCUUGCCCUGCUUGUGUACAGUGGCACCAUUGCUUCUGGGAUAUGAGUGACCAAAAGACACUUGUUGUUAUAAACAUCAUUUUAAACUUUUGUAUCCAGAUUAUCCCCUCCUCUUCUAUGCUUUUGGCAUUCUAAGCUCUGUCUCUGGGCCAGAGGCUCACAUUCCUAUCGACCUUGCCCUCUGCCCAGCCUGCAGCAUAAGGUCCUCUAUUUGAUGUGCUCAUGUGCAUUUGCUUUGUAAGUAACAUUUUUACUUAGCAGGUGUGGGUUCAGUAGCAGUCUGGCUACUGAGUCAGGAAAAUGUUUUCCUGUUUGCCAACCAACCUGUGUUAAGUGUUCAGGUUUCCCCAAAGGGACUCAUACCCUGUUCCUCAUUCCUACCAGAAGGUUAAGACAACUUGUGUUUCUAAGAUGCCAGCUGUCAUCUCAGAGCUUCACCACAGGGCUGUGGGCUUGAACUCGUCAGACAUCUGAAGGGAGCAUUUGAGCAUGUGAAGCACCAGGAAUAGACGGUAGCCCAGGACCUAGCGACUACCCCUCCCCGGGCUCCUCCCAGCAGCACCCCAUGCUGUGUAUCUGAGUGCUAUCCUUCCUUGGCUUGGUGUAUUUGCUUUCCUUGUGUAAAAUUGCUGUUCUUUUGACAAUUCAAGUGACUUGUUUUGUUUACUCUAGCUGAACAAACAUCGUAAGACAAAUUUCAAUGAUUGUGCUGUGGUUCGAGAUUUUAUUACCAAGAUGUUUACACUCUCCUUCUCCCUGUCCCUUUACGGGCCUGUGUGGCGCUCUCCACCCCAAUGGCUUGUAGUUUCCUAUGCUGUAAUAAAGCUACAUUUUAUUCUGAA